GGGCGCGCGCGGCGAAGGGGCGGGACAGCGCGCGGCCGGGAUGAGAAACUCGUCCCGGAUAUUUUACAAAGUUACCUGACUACACCUGGCUGUGUGUCACCCACGGAUAGUCUGAGGAAUAUGACCCGUCCCUGCUCGACUGAGGUCCCCAUUCAGUGACGAGCCGAGGGCACGGGUGUUUGUCUUGAGAGGGAGGCAGAGUUACCGUGGUAACAGACAUGCCAAAACCGGACCUCCUCUGCCUAGUUCAGCUACUGGACAGCACCAUUGAGACCUUCAGAGUCAGCAAGCAAGAUGAAGGCGUCGUUCUGUUGGACCAAGUAUGCGACCACCUGGGGCUGCAGGAGAGGCAGCUCUUCAGUCUGCAGAUCAGAGAAUCCGGCACAGCCAUCGCCUCAAUCACAGCCAACACACACUCUCCUAGAUGGCUGGAGCCGGAGAAACCCUUGAAGAAGCAGUUAAAAGGUCUUGCACCUCCUUUUUAUAUGAACUUCCGAGUACGAUUCUUCAUGUCUGAUCCCAACUCUCUGCAGCAUGAACAGACAAGGCACCUGUACUUCCUCCAGAUCAGGAGUGACAUUAGAGAAGGACGGUUGCAGUGCCCGCUGAGUGCAGCUGUAGUGUUGGCCUCUUACGCCGUUCAGUCGGAGAUGGGGGAUCACUGCCCAUCUCGCCUCCCCGGUUACCUCGCCAAAUGCUACUUCAUUCCAGAGCAGGAUGAAGACCUACCGUCUAAAGUGGAGGAUCUCCAUCCACAGCACAAGGGUCUGAAGCAGAGCGAGGCGGAGCUGUGUUUCCUCAACACAGCACGGACGCUGGAGCUGUAUGGGGUGGAGCUGCAUGGCGCCACGGACACCAAUGAUACCCCUCUGUUGGUGGGUUUGGCCUCCAGCGGCGUUGCAAUAUUCUGCAAUAGGAUUUGCUCCAGUUUCUUCCCCUGGGCAAACAUCAUCAAGAUUUCAUUCAAGAGAAAACGCUUUCUUAUACAUCUGAAACGUAAACAUGGCGAGACCCAGGACUGUGAGGUGUCUCUGGUUCUGCCGUGUCCCAAAACCUGUAAGAACCUGUGGAGGUCCAGUGUGGAUCAUCACUCCUUCUUCUGCUCCAACCGGACUGUUAAGAGCCCCAAACAUAACAACACAACAGUUCAGUCCUACAGAAAGUUGAUAACCCAACACCUGGGACUUGGCAACAGUAAAUUUGAGAGUGGUCCAAUGUGCCAGCGUGUUGUGGGGGGGAUGGUGUGGAACCCGGUCCUGCGGAGGUCAAUUUCAUCUGACAACCUCGAAACCAAGAGCCUGCCCUCCAGAUCGCCUCCGAACACCCCAAACUGGCGAAGUUCUCGAGUUCGCCACGGCCUCCGUAAACCUCGCCCGUCUUCGGCUGAACUGACCAAUGACUUGAAAGACAUGUCGGAGGGGGAGGACGUCUUCUACACAUACCGGGCGUCGGUCAGCAGCAGCAAGGACAGUGAGGGAGACACUUCACCGCAUCACCAGGGGACGGACGGGGCUUUGUUACAAACUGACGACAGUAUAGGAGAGGAGGAGGGUGACCACAUCUCACACCACUACAAUAAGGGUGCUCUCGGCGACGGGGACUUGAUGCUCAUAUGUAUUGCCCCCGAUCAUGACGGCAAGUUUGGCUUCAAUGUUAAAGGUGGAGUGGACCAGAAGAUGCCUCUAGCCAUCUCGCACGUUAAACCCGACUCUCCGGCAGGUCGAUGUGAACCCAAACUCCUGGAGGGAGACCUGGUGGUCCUCAUCAACGGCCGAGACAUCUCUGAACACACACACAACCAGGUUGUCAUGUUCAUACGCGCCAGCAGAGAGUCGCACUCCAGAGAGCUGGCCUUACUCAUCAGGCGUAAAGGUCCUGGCCGGGUGGCGCCCCUGCUGCAGUUACCUCCCGCCCUCACGCUCACCGGCCAAUCACAGGGAGACAAGCUGUCAGCGGGCCAGUCGGAGAGGGUCACGACAGUGGAGGAGUCGAUGAGACAGCUGGAGAGAGGAAUACAGUCCGGCACGCUCUGUUUUCAUUUUGAGAAUUUAUACAGGAGGAAGCCUGGUCUAUCUCUAAACUGUGCCCGGCUCCGUGAGAACACAGAAAAGAAUCGAUAUAAGGAUGUUUUACCUUACGAUGCCACCAGAGUGGUGCUGCAGGGCCCGGAGGACUACGUCAACGCCAGCCACAUCAAGAUGGUGCCCCCAGCGUCUGGUGUGUGUUUACGUUAUGUCGCCGCUCAGGGUCCAUUGCCACAGACCAUCACUCACUUUUGGCAGACUGUUUGGGAGCAACAGAUACACACCAUCAUCAUGCUAACAACUCUGACAGAGAGGGGACGGACCAAGUGCCACCAGUACUGGCCGCAUCCACCAGAAGUGAAGGAUUAUGGGCACAUGCGGGUGAAGUGUCACUCUGAGGAGUGUAACCUGGCAUAUGUGACGCGGCAGUUCACUCUGACACACACACAGCGGGGGGAGGAACGGACUGUCACACACCUGCAGUAUGUCGCGUGGCCCGACCACGGCGUACCCGACGACCCUUCAGACUUCCUUUUGUUCAUCACCUCUGUCAGGGAGAGGAGGAGAGGUGAAGAGCCACUAAUGGUACACUGCAGUGCUGGGAUUGGACGGACGGGUGUUCUGAUCACCAUGGAAACGGCUCUAACUUUGUUGGAUGGGGGUCGGCCGGUGUUCCCGCUGGACAUUGUGAAAACAUUAAGAGAUCAGCGAGCCAUGAUGAUUCAGACCACGUGUCAGUUCCAGUUUGUGUGUAAGGCCAUUCUGCGAGUCUACAAAGGGGAAUAAGAGGGAUCUGCAGCACCGUAGCCCAAAUCAGCAACAGGAGCAGAACAGACGCACUCCGCCUCUUCUCAUUGCAGGCGACUGCCACAAAGGGACUAGAACAGAUUAACCUCUGCCACUGCGGGACUGGUACACAGACUGGAUAAUGAGAGUAUAACCAGCUUCAGAGCACAGCUGUCUGCGAUCGGUGUAGCCUAGAUUCAAUGCAAGAGCAUGAGUCCAACGCCUAGUCGGCCUUAGUGUUUCCUGAUGCAUUUCGCUAGUAGAGGCUGCGGUCUCCAUAGAGACUGAUGUAAAACUGAUUUGAGCUGCGAAUUUCUGUCAAAGGGGCCUCGAAAGGAGUGUUGCUUCUACUUAUUUAGCCACGCGGGCCUCAGACUGACGCCUGCCAAUCGUCCGGCCGAACGGGGUGGCAGAGACAGAUGAAAAAACUACAGAUUACAAAGAUCCUUGUGUUUUUUUUUUGUGCAUUUCCAAAGACGAAGAGCGUGGCAGGCGUUGAAAUCACUACAGCGGAUACUGUAAGGUCGCGAUGAUGCUGCGUCACGCGCUGUUGGCUCGCAGAGCGCCGAAAGCGACUGUUCAACACUUAAAUUAUUAAGACACUAAAUAAACACACAGAUUUAUACUCA